CUCUCUCUCUCUUCCUCUUUCUCUUUCUACCUGUCUCUGUCUCUUGCGACGUGGUCUGCUCCGCUGCUCUCCAGUCAACACGAGCAAGCGGCGGGAUACGAGCGAGCCGAGCUACGGGAGCGAGUCGCCUCCAAAUUAGACAGUGACGUGACGCGACUCGAGAAAGAUAGAACGCCAAUGUGGGCUCUCAGAAUUGAUUACCUGCCGCAGCAGCAGACGGACAGUCGUCGUCCAGCACAACGAGCGAUCCCAUUCAGUUCGGUCUUUAUGAGAGAAGGUUGAGGAGACCGCUCUCUUGUGCGUCGGUAGCGUCCGUCUAUGCCGCUGUAACAGCCGGGGAGCCGGAGCCCUCUCGGAGCGUAGUGCCGAUGGUGAAGUGGAAAAGUCGCCGCCAGUGACAGUUGGUUUCAUCCGUUCGUGAUGAGGGACCGCGAUCGUGACGAAUCAUGAGAAGAGCCAAGGGCAAGCAUAAAUCGUAGCGUCGCGCCUCCUCAGCCGCGACAACAGCCGCCGCCUCCUUGCGUCCGGGUGACAUCGACGCUCCGCGACAGAAGUGGCAGAGCGGAGUCCGGUAGUGCGGAUCCGUCGGCUGAUCGCCAGAGACUCCAGGGAAAAUGUCCACCGUAGCGCCCGCCGGCAACAGCACCGCGGGACCGAACGGCAACGGUCCGAUUGUACCUGCACCGGUGUUCGCGCUACCGACGUUGUCCUUCACCGUCGGCCAAGUGGCCACGGUCUGCGAGACCUUGGAGGAGAGCGGUGACAUCGAGAGGCUGGCCAGGUUUCUAUGGAGCCUACCGGUCGCGCACCCCAACAUCCAAGAACUCAAUCAGAGCGAGGCUGUCCUCAGGGCGCGCGCCAUCGUGGCCUUCCACUCGGGGCAAUAUCGCGAGCUCUACGCGAUUCUGGAGAGGCACAAGUUCACCAAGGACUCGCACGGUAAGCUGCAAGCCAUGUGGCUGGAGGCGCACUAUCAAGAGGCCGAGAAGCUGCGCGGCAGGCCGUUGGGCCCGGUGGACAAGUACCGCGUCCGGAAAAAAUUCCCGCUGCCGAGGACGAUCUGGGACGGCGAGCAGAAGACGCACUGCUUCAAGGAGAGGACCAGGUCGCUGUUGCGAGAGUGGUAUCUGCAGGAUCCCUAUCCGAAUCCGGGCAAAAAGAGAGAGCUGGCCUCCGCGACGGGUCUCACGCCGACGCAGGUCGGGAAUUGGUUCAAGAACAGGAGGCAAAGGGACCGAGCCGCUGCGGCGAAGAAUAGGAUGCAACAGCAGUCAGGCCCGGGAAACGGAAACACGCGGCGCACCCUGAGCCCGGGACCCGGCGGCAGCGACUCCGAGGAUUCCGACAUUUCCCUCGGAGGAGCAUCACCAGCGUCACCAAACGCCUCACCGCCACCGAACCACCAACCGUCCCCGGUGCCCCUCGGACCCCUCGGACCCUUGCCAACCCCUUCCUUAAAUUUCCGUUUCGAUCCUACGCAGCCGCAGUUUCGCUUCGGCCACACGACGCCUUUCAAGUUUCCGCCGACGGGCUUCCGAUUCGGGCCGCAUAGUCCGCAGCCUAACCACCCGACUAUGCCGAGCGGAGGGAUUUUCAGGAUCGCGGAGACCAGCCCUUUCCAGGCUAUAGGGCCCAGGGGUGAUGUAGGAUCGAGAUUGCCGGAUCCAUUGGGACUGCCACCGCCGAGGCUCCACCCGCACGAAGGCCUGCUACACCACCCGCACCCCCAGCUGAGCGAUGGGAUAUCCAGGAUAUCCGAGACAUCGCGGCUGUCCGACGGUGGGCUCUCGCGGCUGUCGGACAGUUUGUCGGAGGCCCACAGCCCGCCAUUGCUGGCGGCGAACCUGUCGGUCGCGGGUCCCUUGAGGGUGGCUGUGCCCAGCCCUGGCACCCCCUCCUCCCGGGGCAGCCCGCCCCCCCGGCAGCAGACACCUCAGGGUCAAGCUCAGAGUCAGGGUCUGAUAAGGGUCGCCACGCCGCCACCGCCGCCACCGCCGCCGCUGCCGCCGUUGCCGAAUCCGAGACCGCAGAUUCACAGGCCGUUCUCACCCUCGUGAUUCGACGAGAGCGACAGGAGAAGAAGCGCCAUCCUUGGGGCAAGCGAUGAUACCGUGUGACGUCGAGGUAAAACGCCGUCGACGUGCGCUAUCGCGACACCGUGGGCGAGCGGGCGAGCGGGCGAGCGAACAGACUUACUCACUUUCUUUCUUUCGUUCGUUCGUUCGUUCGUUCGUUCGUUCGUUCGUUCGUUCGUUCGUUCGUUCGUUCGUUCGGUCGUCGCCGCGCGAGCCGGCUAUCUGCUUUGCCAGAGGAGUCUCCGUGAGUCGACGGGGAUGACGACGAUGGAGAGGAAACGGUCGGUCGACGGAAGUUUCAAGGACGAGCGAUAUACACGGCGAAUCGGUGACAAACCUCGUGGACAACCUCGUCGAGAACCGGCGCGACGGAGGUCGACGCACGGCAGGACGUCGACGGGUGACACGCAGUCAUCGCGCGAGGAUCGUUCGAUGACAUUCGCGAACACGCCUUUCUUCGAGACGACCUCAUCGCUUCGCUUCGUCGGAGUCUCCGUCGUAGUCUCCAUGACGGUCGGAGCGGGGAACGGUGUACCGCCAGCGAAGAGAAAUCAACGACGUGGUAUCGUUGACGGAACAAUUCACCGAGCGCGCAAGGCCAGCUCGAGAAUACGCUGAGUGGUGAGAAUAUGCUGAGUGUCAGCAUGCUUUGGGGUGCGCUUGGGGGGAGCUUCUCCUCUCCCCGAUGAUGUCGAGGCAGCCUGCGCGAGAAGAAAAUGCUCCUCGAUCGCGGACCGCGCGAGAAUGGAGAGGGCCGGGGGGAAGACGGACAGAAUAGACUGUUCGAAAAGUGAGUACAAGUCCGUCGGAUAAGUGCAAUCCUCUCGGGUACGAAGGAGAGAACGAACGGUCACGGGGUGCGAUGGGAUGAUGGUGGUGGUGUGUACAUAACUGUUUCUCUCAGGCGUUGCCCGACCCGUCUGACUCGUCGAAGCCUACGAACCACGCGUAGUAUAUACACAGUGGAAUCCCCAUAGUUUGUAAAUAGCGCCGCUUUUUAGCGCCCUCCCUCUUUCCCCUCCUCUCUUCCUCCUCCUCCUCCUCCUGCCCCCCA